AUGGCUAGGCACUUUAGAUCCAACUCUCAGUCCCAAUACCUACCUAGAACCACCUUGGAGUCAGCCAUAGAAAGAUUUUUCAUGCCUUCAUUUGUAGGAUUCUCCAGAGAAGCAAACCUUGGUCAAAUACCUACUACUGGAGGACAACCCAAUCUUGAAUCAGCUCACAUCAACCCUGGAUACACAGGACAACCCCAGCAAGAAGCCCAUGGCUCCACCCACUUUGGGGGAAACAACUUACCUGCAAACCCUGGACCUAAUCAAUUUGUAAACCCUGGACCUACUGAACAACCCUGGAAUGGAAAUUAUGCCCCUGCAAACUCUGGAGUCAACUAUCCUGGAAACCCAUACCUACCAACCAAUCCUGGCCCCAUGAGGAAUGCCAAUCCUCCUAGUUCUGGAAGCCCUGCCUUGGACCCUCUCCCUGAACCAUUUCAACCUGUAGCAGGCCAGUCAGCAAGUAUCUCUGCAGCCCAAAAUUACCAGAUGGGAACCAACACUAGCAAUCCUCACCAUUUAUUGGAAGCCAAUAUCCAACUCCCAGCCUACAACCCAGAACCUUUUGGAAGAAAACCUGUCAAGAUCAAAUCCAUGGCCAAAGGCCUCUUUUUUGAUGGUUCCAACAUGGAAAUCAGUAACUUCAUCAAGAGGCUAGAGAAUGCUGCUCAACUGGAUGGUGCCCUAGGAUGUGAUAUAGCCAUCCAAAUUACUGUCUUCUUGGAAGGAGAAGCCCUGAUCAAUGAGGUUCAGGAAAUGACUGAACAGGUUGGCCAUGAUUGGGAAAAGCUUAAACUGAAAUUAGUCCAAAGAUGGGGAAAAAUGUUACCUCUCCUCAAGUACACCAGGAAUGAUUUGGACAAGCUCCUUUUUACUACUCAGGCCAAAGGAAUCAAAACUCAGAAGGAAUUCCAGGACUUCAGCAUCAAGUUGGACAACCUGGUAGCUUACCUAUUUAGGUGUCAGCAUAUGGCUAGUGCAGAAGAAAUAAGACAUGCAGUACUCAACUGUGUCAGCACCCCUAUCAAGGUAUCAGUCUGUAGGGAGCUCCUCAGGGAUAGACAAAUGCAAAGCUCUGUAGAUGGUUCCCAUAUUCUCCCUCCUUACCUAGUCAUUAUGCACUACAUCUCCAAGGAAUUCAAGACCCUGUCAAUUUUGGAGGAAGAAACAACCCAGGAAAAACCCUUAGGAAUUCAACAGCCUGCAAAAAUGAGUCAACAAAACCAAACUCAGGAUAAAUCCAUGGAUCAACUCACUAGGAACCUUGCCAGUUGGAAUGUCCAAAAGCCUUCCCCCUUUAUCUCUUCCAGUCAUGUCCCCUACAAACCAGCUCAAUAUGAGAGGGACCCUGCAACCCUGAAGUGCAAUUACUGUCAUAUGAUGGGCCACACCAUGCAUAGAUGCAACCUAGUAAACCUGGAUGAACUCAAUGGCCUCUACAAGAAAGAAGGGAAUACAGUCAGACUCCCUGAUGGAUCUCAAAUUCCCUGGGACAGGAAUACCCCCUACAAGGCAACUGUGGACCAGUUUCACCAAGCAAAGAAGCAACCAGGAGUUAUCCACUUACCCUCUGGAACACUCAACCCAAAUGCACAAGCAAGUAACCUGGAACCUCAGGUAUCCUUUGGAAUAAUAGAGCACAUGGACCAAGAUGUGGAAGCCUUGAUGAUCAGUUCUAGAAGAUUACCCUUGGACUCAAUGCUGAAGAUCAAAGCCAAUAGUGGCGACCUGGAAGAUGAAGCCAGCUCCCCAAUUAGAUUUAUGACACCUUUCAUGCCAAAAAUCACUUCCCAGGUCUUUCAAAAUAUUGGAACCUCAGAAAAAUUGGACAACACAAGAGCAGAGCAAUUAUUAAAGAACCUCCAGAUACUCUAUUUGCAUUUGAAACUAAAUUGGGAUUAA